CUUUAAACAUGCUUCAUAUUGCAAUAUAACCACCCCGUUCUGAUCCAUAGUUAAAUAGAGAACAACAAAUACACCUGACAGUCAGUGGCAUCCAAAAGCUCUACUGACUGUUGAUCGUAGCGUCUCGUAGAUAACUGGUUGAGCCAAUCACUACAGAGAAUGUGUUUCCUUGGAAACAGUAGAACGCUCAAACUAGGGGAGGGGCCAGUUCCACUUCUGACCAUGGCAGGAACCGCGCGACACGACCGGGAGAUGGCGAUAAGCGCCAAGCGUCAAUUGUCGACGACCUCAGAUCCCGUGGAGCGGUUGAGACUUCAGUGUUUGGCACGGGGGUCAUCUGGAAUCAAAGGGCUAAGCAGGACUUUCAGGAUAAUGGAUGACGACAACAGUCGCACUUUGGAUCUGAAGGAGUUUCUGAAGGGAUUGAACGACUAUGGCGUUCUGAUUGAAAAGGAUGAGGCUCAUAAACUUUUCCAGCACUUUGACAGAGAUGGCAGCGGUCACAUUGAUUUUGACGAGUUUCUAAUUACACUGAGGCCACCAAUGUCCAACGCCAGGAAAGAGGUGAUAAUGCAGGCUUUUAGAAAGCUUGAUAAGACAGGCGAUGGGGUGAUAACUAUCGAAGAUCUGCGGGGGGUGUACAAUGCCAAGCACCACCCAAAAUAUCAAAAUGGGGAGUGGACAGAAGAGCAGGUAUUCCGGACGUUUCUGGACAGUUUUGACUCCCCAGAUGACAAGGAUGGAAAGGUCACGAAAGAAGAGUUUACGAAUUACUAUGCAGGUGACCAAGGAAGAGUUCGUGAACUAUUACUGCGGAGUCAGCGCCUCCAUAGAGAGUGACGUGUAUUUCAUUCUGAUGAUGAGAAGUGCCUGGAAACUCUGAUUGUGCCUUAACAACAACACGUGCCUUUUUACUAAUACUCAAUGUGUACUGUGUCACUGGAUUAUCUAUACCACAAUGCUAUCUAGCUAAGUUCGAGGAAAGAAAGUUCUAUUGUGCUGUAAAUAAUUUUGAAAAGCUCUUAAAAUUGUAGGUGUUUUUUUUUUUUACUGCUUAAAUGCUGUACUCAAUCAUGUGCUUUCCAGUUAUUCCUUUACUUUUCCUUCCAAGAUAAUGUCUUGGUGUACACCUCAACCACAAGCCCUUGCGGUAUGAUUUCUACAGCUGAUUGAGUGAAGGCAGUGCAUCUAUGAAAUGUACGAGCUUACAGUAGCCACCACCUGAGAGGAGUCUGUAUUGUAGUUGUGCAUGCACUGUACCCUAUUACAUUAAAAGUAGGUAAUAUCACUCUGA